CAUGGCGGUGUUUGCUUGCAAAAUUAUAAAGAUUGUGUUUAUACAACAAAAUGAAUCAAACUCUAAAUGUGGACCAGCUGAAUUCAGCUCUUAAUUCGCUUCGAACGUUACGAUCAAGCGUCAGCCAUGUUUUCGAAACGCUAUCAAAUGGCUUGCGAGCCGACCACGGCGAAGAUGGUAAAGAUAAAUUCCUUUUGGAGCUGCAAGAACUUCUGAAUAAUGUAAAUAUUAACUUGAGAGAUUUAGAUCAGACCGUAAACGGUCUCCCGGUGCCUACAACACUCACAUUAAAUUUGGGGAACACGACAUACCUCAGCCAAGAAACUACGCAAGAGCGUCAAGCGUACUACACGCAGUUAGUCAACAGCUACAAAUGGACUGACAAAGUGCACGAGUACAGUUCCUUCGCCCACACAUUGUUAAGCCAGAACUCUCUAAAACGCUCGUACAUAAACUCCGGCAACACCAAGAGACGCGGCAAACUACAAAGCAACCAUAACGUAGCACCAGUCCAGGUCGAUCAAGUCAUCAAUAACAUCGAUAGAUCCUACAAUGACAUGAAAAUAACUAUCUCCCGCCCAUUCGCGAGCAACGCUGUUGUUCAAAUCAAUUUGAGUCAUGUUUUAAAAGCUGUUGUUGCAUUUAAAGGACUGCUCAUGGAAUGGGUGAUGGUUAAAGGGUAUGGUGAAACUCUGGAUUUGUGGACGGAAUCUCGACACCAUGUCUUCAGGAAGGUAACAGAGAAUGCUCAUGCAGCUAUGCUUCAUUUUUACUCUCCAACAUUGCCAGACUUAGCGGUGCGUUCGUUUAUGACAUGGUUGCAUAGUUACGUGAACCUGUUUAGUGAGCCUUGUAAGAGAUGCUCAUGCCACCUGCACCACACGUCGCUGCUGCCACCGGCGUGGCGCGACUUCCGCACGCUGGAACCGUUCCACGAUGAAUGCAAACAAUAGUCUUUGUGGUAUUGAACGAGAGAGUUGGGAAAAGACUUGUUGCGUUAAGUCUCGUUCAAUAUAAGAAUAUGUAGUGUAAUGAGGGGACUGUGUAACUACCAGCAGGAUUGUGAUCAUACUGUUCCAGUUCAUAACACUUAAGAGUGAAUGAACCAACUAAUUAAUUGAUAUGUCAAUGGACAUUGUCUUUAUCUCAUCAUUAUAUUUACCACAAAGGAAAUAAUAUGUAUUUCCAUAAUAUUUGCUAAGUAACAGUUAAAAAGUAUUUAAGGGAUAUUUGGAAUUACAGUGAAAUCUCGAUAAUCUGGCACUUUGAUGGUCCAAUAUACCCAGUAAUCACUAAAAUUGAGGCACAAAUGAUCAUUAUAUGUCCUAAUUUACUAUGUGCGCUUACAUUAUCAAACUUCAAUCUCUUUAUAAAUGGCUAAGUUCCAGAUAACAGUAGAAUUUUCUUUGAAUUUAGUAUUUUUGUAAAAUAUAUUUCUGACACAUCAAAAUAAUACACAGAUUUGCUCUAACUUCCACUAAUCCGCCUCUUGUGUGUCAGCAUUAGUGGCAGAUUAGUGAGAUUGUACUGUAUGUGUAAAAUUAUACCAAUUUUAUUGCAUAGUAUUCUUAUAUAUUUGCAUAUCAUUAAUUAGAGAUAAUUAAGAAUAUAAGGUUAAUGUGGCCAAAUCCGUCUGUAAGAAAUUCUGUACACAAGAGUACUUUUCUUAUUUUUUUGCAACAGCAGACAAUAGUGCACACUGAACACCUACUUUUGACUGCUAAAACUAAAAGCCAUCACUGCUUUGUCAAUGAAGAUAACACUCAUGUAUUAUUAUUUGGAAAAGCUUAUGUACUUACGAAAUUUCAAACUGAUUUGGCCAGAUUGC